AUGCGAGCCAAAGGAGAAACUCUUAAUUCUGAUCAAGAGAAAGCACUGCUUGACUAUGACAUGGUUUCUUGCAGCGUUACUGUGAUCAAGGAAAUGGUUGACAGUCUGGCCGAACUACAAGUGAAACUGGACGAGGCGUUCGAAACGCACGAGAAGGAGGCUUUAGUCAAAAACGAGGAGUACGCUGUCGAUUCACUCCAGAGACUGAGUGCUAUUUGGGGUCUCCUUUCUAAACUCCAAUCCCCGAGCGUCAAGGCGGCCAUCAUUAAAGCCUCGUCCUCCCAGCAGUUCGUAAUGCUAGAUAAUCUUGCGAAAAUGAUAAAUAUGCCGCUUCCGGAGCCAAAGGCUGCAGACGCAUUUUCUCAGGAAUUUGAUGCGCUACUGAAAUCUAAUGCGUUUAAAGAGCAGGCCUCUAUUCUUCUUGGAUUAGCUAUUGGGCGCCCUGUACCCAUUUCGAACGCGAAAGGGAGUAAACUCCGUGGUCAGACAUUUGAGGACGUCAGGACCAUGUGCCUGAAUUUGCUAUCUAAUCCCGAUGUGAGGACCGCGCUGUCGGCGCCGUUUACUGAAUUAGCGGCGCCCAAGAAAAAACCAGUCCCAAGGGCUUCAGAGCCGGCCGUAAAACAAAACUCUUCUGCUACCCAGCCACAGGAAAUCAAGCCUGAAGCAGUGCACACUGAACCUUCGGUCCCCAGCUUGCCUGAAAAUGAGUUUCUCAAUAAUGUUGAGGCAGACGUAAUACUCAAUACCGUUCUAAACCCACUAAAGACCAACUUCAACUUUUUGCAGGUUAGUUACUCGUGUGCUUGUAGCUGGUGUGGUCUUCUACUAUCAUCAUAAUGCAUUGCUCUGUUGUGUCCCGCUUUCACUGGGUUUUGCGCUUUCUAGUUGUAUACUCAGAACCUGCGCCAGUAGUUGCGCAUAAACUGCAUUCCUAUACCUUGGAUUGGCGUAAUUUUGCUACUGUUCGGUGUGCGCACUCGCUUGCUUGUGUAGCACGUCCCCUCUCCGGCGCGUUCGUCGGCACUUUACAUGUUCUGGUCCAGCGCACUUUGUCGUCGACUGUUUUGGGGAUUUAGCAGUUGUGCCAACAGGCCUUGGCAUGCAUAGUGUCAAGUCAACUUUAAAACACCUCUUUUGUUAGAGAUCUGUGACUUGCAUGGAUUCUGCCGUUAAAGCAUCUUGUUUGCUUCAUGACAUUGGAUUAGUUUAGAGUGAAGAAUGACGGCUUCUGACACUCUAUUUAUAAUUUUAUACGCGGCUAAACCGCUUUUCCUUUUAAGUGACCGUGCCUCCCGCUUAUUCACAAAUAUACAGUUAGUACAGUCAUAAGCUAAGCCAUAUUAGCUGUUCGGGUCAGUCUUAUUACACAACGCUUGCUUUACAGAGGGAGAGUUUCUUAAGACUGUGAUGUCUAAACCCACAUCACCCUUCAAUGGGUAGACGGUACUUAUCAAUCAUAUCGAGUGUUGAAGAAACCGUUGAUGUCCAUCAGAACAGCGCGAAGUAGUCUUAAGCUAAACUGGGAAAAUGGAAAAGGGAACUUUACAGACUUUAAGUGCGCAGCUGCUCCUCUUGUGGCUGCAACUUAAUCCACUUGUUCAUUCAUUUUAGUGAAUGGAUUGCUAUUAGACAAGUGAGAUAGCAUUCUAUUUCCGAUAUCGUCAGUGGUCUGCCCCCGUCAUAGUAUCGGGCAAAAACGGCAGGUCAUGUUAUCACUCAGUUUGUUGAAAGACCUUAUACCCUAGUAUUUUUACUACAGUCGAUCUCGAUUGCAUUUCAUUUUUCGGCGUAUCCACAUCGAUGUGGUCAGGUGAUCAUUUGUUACGCAUUCAUAGGAAUAAGUACAAUAUAACAGAACCUCGUCGCCGCCAGUUUAUUUUAACGGGGUCCAGGUUAUAGCCUCUACUUAAAAAUGGACAGUGAUCAUGAUAUAUCCAGCUUUAGUUUCCCUUAUUUCAGGAUUCGCAUGUUGGACCAUCUUCAUCGACUGCGGUUCCUUCGCUCGUUUCGCAACCUCCGAUCUCGAUGUCUCAUGCCCUCCCCCAAGUACACGAAACUAUUCAACAUCAUAGUCAGCAGGUGCCGCGCAUGGAUUCAAACAUUCCUCAAGGAGCUCCUCUCACUCAACCACCGAUGCAUCAGCCGCCUCAGCUUGAUCAGCCACGUCAUCUGGAGAACACCCGUCAUGAACAUGAAAUUCAGCCACAACAAAUUGAGAUGCAUAGUAAACACCCAGACGAGCAGAACGAAACAUUUGGGCAUGCCGAACCGCUACCUCAGCAGGUCUCACACAGUACUCAACAGCCGCAGGCCCAGGUUGAGAACACUCAACAUCAGGAGCAAAUGCAGCUCUCUUUGGACGAUUCAGAUGCCGCUAAACACACGGAGAAGCCAGCGGACGUACCGAAAAAAUCGAAGGCAAAACGCGGUAAACCGGCAGUGCCUGCUGAACCACCGUCAAAGACAGCUAUAAUCAGUGCGGAACACGUUCAGGAAGAAGUAAAACCAUCUAAACCAAAGACUUGGGCUGAUCUUGUUCGUGGAAGUGCCGCGGAACCGGUAUCAUCUUCACCCACACAACCACCUGUUUUUGAGCAAGUAUCUACCACCGAGCCUGUUCUAGGAAAGCCUCACGGGCACGAAGAUGAUGUCACACAGGAUCGUGGCCAACGUCCGGUGUACGGACGCGAAAAUGGUAAUUGGGCCCCUCGCGGAGGCUUCAGAGGUGGUCGUGGACGUGGUGCCGGACCAGGUUUUCGAGGUACACUUUAUAUUAACAGCGUUAUGUGUUUUCUAGUCUUGUCGUCGACUUAGUUGUCCUUAACUUGAUUAUUCGCAGCCUUUCUACAUAGAAACGGAAAGUUUUGCCGUCACGGGACCGUGUCGUAACCAUUCAUUUAUGCAGGCAGCUAAGUCUGUACUGCCCUUACCGCACUACUGAAAUUUUGCAGAACAGAAGUACCGACUUACGCUUUUAGAUUUAAAUUCAGGCUUACGCGAAGGCGUUCACCCGGACGCUAGUGUUAAAAUGUGACUUCAGCACACUCGCUAAUUUCAUCAAGAGUACUAAGACUGAUUUUACACGUGCACGGACAAAACCUCUUGCAAAGACCAUUCUUCCCUUUCUGAGUUACUACGACGUCCUCACCGUGGAAACGUAAAACGUUGUUCACGUAUUUUAUGUCGUUGGCGUCUUCUCAUCACUUUUCCUCAACCUUUUAGCCAUCCUUGCUUACUACUAUCCUUAAUUAGACGACUGAACAACCAUGAUUUAACCGGCCGCACGGACCCUAAUUAACUAGCUUUAGCGCGGUCUUAGUGUCUUUCGAUUGACGGUAGCAUUUUUGGUGUCAUUCAUUUGCUUUAUGCAUAUCCGUUUAAGUAGCAUUCACGCUUGUCAGUUUCUCCACAUAAAUUGAUUUUUUGUGGUCGUUAGUGCUGGGAAUAAUGUGAGGUAUACGUUUCUAACGAAGCCAGUCACCGCAAGGUUGCGUGCUGCGAACUGCCACGACUCAUCACUGUCCCAACUACCAGCUCGUGGCAGACCUUAAAAACUACUAGAGACGCUAGAUCUCUUUCCGUUGUAGCAUUAUUUUAUAAGCUAUCGUCCUUAUCCUUUUGACACUCCUGUUCUUUAAACUUUACUUACCAUAUUUAACUUUGUAGGUGGUCGUGGCAGAGGAAGCGCGCGUGGGUCUUUUCAGCCAAAUAACCAACGUGGCGAUUUCCACACCGCUCGACCGUCACAAAUACAGUCCGCCUGCUAA